GACUCGGCAAGAACGGGCUGAGUGGGCUUUGUCUCUCCAAUCUCUUCCUCAAUGUUCGCUUGCAGAAGUUGGACCUCAGCUGGAACCGGUUCAACCACGAGCAGUUCACACAGAUGGGGGUCCUGAUUGAGGCCACAGAGAUCGAGGAGCUGGGCGUGGACUAUUGUGCCGCCUACGUCAUUGGUCGUGACAGCCCUGUGGCCGAGCUUCUGGAAGGCUUGGCGCGGGACAAGAGCCUGAAGAAGCUGAGCCUCGUCGCCAACCGGGUGGACUUCCGCGCAGCCUUGGUCAUCGAAGAUGCCCUGGACAUGCAUCCCACCCUCAAGGAGAGCCAGUGGACCUGCAACGCGCCCACACCUUUUGGUGAGGGCGGAGGGCUGAUGGAGCAUGGACCCAGAAGGCUCUUGGGAACCCAACUGCGCCCAGCGGAGCGGAAUCAGGACCUGAAUAUGACCGACAACCCACUGGGAGCCCUGGGCAUGCGCAGCCUCCUUCGGCUGCUCUCGCGGCAGCAGAAUGCAUUGAAGCACUUCCAAUCGGAUGGCUGUUAUCAAGGCAUCAGUGGGAUGGCGGAUGAAGAUGCUGAAGGUUGUUCCGUCUACUCCUUCACCAACCCGGGCAGCAAGUGCUUCGGCUGCCUCAGGUAUGUCUUGGAUCUCAGCCGCCCUUAUCACCGGAGCCUCUUGCGAAUCCUCUACAAGACUGCGGAGAGGUGUAAGAUGCCCCUGGACAAGGCCUUUGAAAUCUUGGAGGCGACGCCACCCUUCCAGCAUGCCAGCAAGGCCAAUGGCCUCUGGCAGGUUCCCAUCUCUGGACGCUUGGUCUGCAACUUCAGCGUCGAGGCCCAGAUCCAAGCCUCGCUCUCAGGCAUCGAAGAUGACGAUUUCCUCGGUUUCUUGGACACUCACUUUGAGCUCACUCGCUUCAAGGCGGAUCGCAAGAAGAUCCCUGCCCUGUUCGCGAAAUGGUUGGAAUUAGACGGACGUGAAGAGGACCAAAACGUCUACUUGGCUGCGCUGGCCAAGGAUUUCAACAUGUCCCUGCCGUACCUCUCCUAUUUGUGCCGCAGCUCCCCGUCCAGCAUUCGUCGCACCAUGAAGACCAUGUUCCCGACGGUGCCCAGCGACAGCCAGUGGCCUGGGCAAGCUGGAUCUGGCUUUCCCCACUGCAGGUCGCGGUACUUGGCCAUGCUUUGCUUACCGACCUUGGCGGACUUUUACACCUGCUAUCCGCGCAUGGAAGCCCUGCUCACCUUCAAUGCCCAGAAUCCCACGGGACACUACUCUUUGGACUUGAGCAACAGUUGUGAGUUCGCAGUGGCCCAACGACUCUUGCUACUGGACCGCUGGGAGGCGGUUUGCAACAAGCGCCGGCAGCGCGUGGACACCUCGGCCAUGGGGAACAAGUCCCAGCUGCGCAAUGAGAGCCAUCGGGGACGACCACUCCAUUUGCGAGUUCGAUCCGUGGCAGAAUGGAGUUUGCCCGAGUAUGGUAUCUUCGACUUGGACUACGUGAGCUGCUACCGACCUCCGGCCAAGGCCAGCCCCUUGAGCGAUGGCCUUUGGGAAUCCCUCAUGGUUGCCAUGUACAACUGCAAGGAGUACCGGCCCCAAGACAAGUUGAAGGCUUUGAGAAGCAUCUCACACUUGAUCUUCAUCACUUGCAUGCACAUGCGCCAGAUGGUGGGCUACUUUCAAGAGAGUGAGUUCAGAGAGGAGGCCUUUGUGACCUUCUUUCCCCGUGUGGUGGACAUGCACAACUCCAAGCAGUUCACCGUGCGCUUUGAUCGCCAGGAAGAGCUGCAGAGGCUACGGAAUCGUUUGGGCUUUGUGACAUCCUUCCCAUUCCUUCAGCCGGUCUUGAACCUGAAGUACAACGAUCAGCGCCUCUGCUGCGCACUGCUGGUGGACCUGGCCAUCAAAGAGAAGUUCGGUGCCAUCCGGGUAGCUGAUGUGUCCAUGUUCCAGGUUCAUGUGGUCUCAGGCAACAUCCGGGAGUAUAGCUACAUCACCGAGGAGGGUUUGGUCGAUCCGCUCACCAUGGGUGUGCCACGCAGCUGGGGCGACCCGGCCAAGACGCCGAGCUCGGGCACGUUCACCUGCAAAUAUGCCGCUCAGGUGUGUGCUCCGGAGGAUCGUCAAGUGGACUUCCGUAAGAAGUUGGCACAGACCUACGGCUUCAUCAACACCACCUUCAACGACGCAGACAUUGCCUGGUGGACAGGCAUCUCAGUGGAGCCCUUCGUGAAGUUGGAAGGUGUAGAGCUGAGAAGGACCUCCAGCCUCUACUCCACAACUGCGCAAUAUGUCAGCGAUCAACCAGCCUUUCUGAAUGCCGUGGUGGAGCUCCAGCUCAGCUCGGCCAGGCUCGAGGAUUUGCAGGGUUUGCUCUCUGACUUCAAAGUCAUCGAGGAGGAGCUGGGCCGCACCAAGGGGCUUCGGCGAGGGCCAAGGGUCAUCGAUUUGGACCUGGUGGCGGUUGGACAGCGAAGUCUCAACAUCACCACUGGGAAGUAUCCCUUGCAGUUGCCCCAUGCACUCAUGCACGAGCGUGACUUCGUUUUGGUGCCUUUCGCAGAGCUUUCCCCUGCCUGGACUCAUCCAACCUUAGUUGGAUCUCCGAGCGUGAGGGAUUUGCUGGAGCGGCUGCAGUCCGGAGCGGCUGCAGUCCGGCCGGAGGGCGCGAGCUUGGAUUCUUGGCCAGUGCAGAUGCUCCCAGGUGCUGCUGGCCUUGGUGCUCGGGUGUCCUCCCCCGGCGUCCUGUGGAGAAGGGGGGAGCAGACGCUAAUCAUGGGGAUUCUAAAUGUGACGCCAGACUCCUUCAGCGACGGAGGUGAUCACCUGGAGCUCCAAGAUGCAGUGCAGGCUGCCAAGGACAUGAUCCAAGCGGGGGCGCAGAUCCUGGACAUUGGUGGAGAGUCGACACGUCCAGGUGCUUCGGAAGUGCCCUUGGACGAAGAGUUGAAGCGAGUGGUGCCCGUGAUCCAGGGCAUCAGGGAGGCAGGUCUGGAGGCCACCAUCAGCAUCGACACCCGCAAGGCCUCGGUCGCCCGAAAGGCUUUGGAAGCAGGAGCCGAUUGGAUCAACGACGUCUCCGGAGGAGAAUUCGACCCACAGAUGCUCACGGUGGCCUCUGAGUUCCUGGCGCCUAUUGUCCUGAUGCACAUGAAAGGGACACCGGAGACCAUGAACUCCUUGGCGACUUACAGCGAGGCGGUGGUCACGGAGGUGGGCGACUACCUGUUGACCCGGCGGCGCGCGGCGGAAGCGGCCGGAGUGCCGAGCUGGAACAUCAUUUUGGAUCCGGGGAUUGGCUUUGCCAAGACCUUGGAGCACAACCUGAGUUUGUUGCGGCACUGUGGGGAACUGGUGGCCAAGACGCAGCCCUCACCUCUGCUGGUCGGCGCCUCCCGGAAGCGCUUCAUCGGGACCAUUCUGCAGGAGCCGGACUUCAAGAAGCGUAGCUUCGGCAAUGCGGCGGCGACGGCCAUUGCCAUCGCAGGCUUGAACGAAGUGGGCGAAGAUGUCUUGGAUCUUUUGGAGUUCUUCAUCAGCCGCUACAAUCAUGUGAACGAGGCGUUUCAUCACAUCGAUGGUGGGGUUCGAGAGGGUGAAGGCGGAAACACCACCAGCAACGGAGAGCUCACCUUGCGCGAGUUCGAGGCAGGCUUGCGGGACAUCGGCUGUCAUAAGUUCCGGGGGCCCAACGAGAAGGAGCGCAUCGGAGCCGUCUUCAGGUAUUUGGACCCUGGUGGUGAGGGCAACGUGUCCCUGCAGGAGUGGCAGAUCUUGGAUCAGCUGUGGAAAGAGUUUGUCCUCAGCAUUCAGGAGUUUGUCCAAUUCCUCAUCUACGCGUUUGGAGACGAGCUCGAGUUCGCUUGGGAGGAGUUGGAUGACGAUGGCUCUGGUGAGCUCUCAGAAGAUGAAUGGUUCGGUGCCGUGAAGCGCAUAGGAUACUUCGGCCCGGCGCGGGUGGUCUUCGCUCUCCUGGACGGCUCGGACGAUGGGAACAUCUCCUGGGACGAGUUCAGUGAACUGGAGAAGUGA